AUGUCGGUGAUAGCUCGCCGGAUGCCUACUGCGAGACCUGGUAAGGACAGUGCUGCUAAAUAUGUGAGUGGCUCAAUGACAAUCGGCAUUAAAAAUUCAAGUCGAAGAGAAGACACUAGAAUGGCUGCUAUCAAACCUGCCACUUAUAAUCCCCCUGCUUCGACAACAACUGUUCCAUCAGCAGCGGGUGGAAAUAAUUCUGAAGAGGAUAUGAUUUCAGCUAUGUUCCAAGCACAAGGUGAACAGUGGCAACAAACUCAGGAUGAAAUGUCUACCAAAACUCCUGUAUAUUAUAGUUCGCACUCCAAAGGUGGAUUUCAAGGACAUGUUCCUGACUAUGCUCCACCUCCUGGCUAUUUAUGUUAUAGAUGCGGUCAAAAGGGUCACUGGAUCCAGGCUUGCCCUACUAAUAACGACCCUAAUUGGGAAGGUAAAAGAGUGCGUAGAACUACCGGAAUUCCUCGUAGUAUGCUUCGUACUGUUGCCAAACCAAAGGACGAUGAAUCGGGAAAUUACAUGAUUAAUGAUGAAGGUGAAUAUGUGGUGGCUAUAGCUGAUAAUGCAUCCUGGAAGAGUUUUCAAGAUAAACAAAAGAAUCAGUCAAAGGAUGGUGAGAUUCCUACUGAUCCAGAGCUGAUAUGUCCAUUGACACAUAAGCUAUUUGUAAACCCAGUAAAAACUCCUUGCUGUAAGACGACAUAUUCUGAAGAUGCCAUUCAACAAGCCUUGUUAGACAGUGAUUUCGUCUGCCCCAAAUGUAAAACAGAAGAAGUCUUACUUGAUCAGUUGACCCCUGAUUUAGAAAUGCAAGAAAGAGUCAAGAAGUACAAAGCUGAAAAGGAGAGUGGCCCGUCGACAAGUGAUACCUCUAAAGACCAGAAACCUAAUGGGGCUCAAGCCACAAAGGACCAGGAGGAUAAAGAAGAUGAAUCUGAAUCAAAUACUUCUUUGAGACGGAAACGAGACCGUAGCAGCGAUGGGUCUGGGUCUGAUAGGGAGAGCGAUGGUGAAUCCACAAAAAGACGGAGAGACAGGUCGACAGGUCCAGCUGAAGAGAUUAAACGCGAGUCGUCCAAUGCACCUGAGAAAAUGCCAAAUAACAUGCCCAUGCCGGGACAAUUUCCUCCAUGGAUGAUGAUGAUGCCAGGUAUGCCGGGAAUGCCUCCAAUGCCCAUGCCUAUCCCUGGAAUGCCUGGCAUGCCACCUAUGCCUGGCAUGCCACCUAUGCCUAUGAUGCCUUUGCCGGGUAUGCCCGGUGCAAAUGCAGGUGGUAUUCCUGGACUGUCAUCUGGUUGGCAAAAUGACAAAUCAAACAAUAAUGGCAUUGGAAAUGGAUCUUCUAACAAAAAUAAUGAUAGUAGUAGUGGAAGUCAGAACGGACAGAACAACCGCAAACGAAGGAACCAACGAUCUGCCGACUUCCAGGUAUUGUGA